CUUUUCAUCAUCUCGGUCACUUAUGUCGUUCUCAUCUCCCCAACAACAUCACCAAUCAUCCCUACCGCCUAGCAGUGCGCCUGAGCCACCCUUUGAGGAUGCGAACACAUCGAGAUCGCGCUCUGGGACGCCUGCCGCUGGCGGGACACCUCGACGACCAGAUGCCUUAGAUUUAGAUGAUGACGGUGGUAAUGAAGAAGAUGACGGUAAUGUGGCAAGAUCCAAGCGAAGAAAACGUGUAAAUGGCGAUGCACGACGCGAUGUUCCUUUGGUGCGAGAUGCGGUCGGAGAGAGCGUCGCUGAAAGCUUUGAAACCUUUUUGAAGACCUUCACAGAAGAUGUCGCACUCGCAGCAACGCCUGCUUCCGACGGAGAUAUCUCAGAUGCACCAGAUGGCGAGCUUGUCUACGUUGAACAGGUUCACACAAUGCGCGAGUACGAGCUUACUACGCUCUACGUUGACUAUGGACAUCUAUUGGCGAGGGAUGAUGUCCUUGCAGACGCGAUUCAAAAACAGUACUACCGAUUCCUCCCUUACCUUCGCCGUGCACUCCUUAAUCUCGUCACGGAAUUCGAGCCUGACUACCUGAAAAUCAACCCUACCGCCGCGACUACUGAUUCUGCCAAUCUCCAGUCUCGAGAGUUUAACAUCGCCUUCUACCAUUUACCCCUAGUAUCCGGUAUCAGGGAUCUGAAGACGGAGAAAAUUGGGACAUUGAUGAGUAUUAGUGGCACUGUUACUCGUACAAGCGAAGUGCGGCCAGAGCUGCUCUUUGGGAGUUUUGUUUGUGAAGUGUGUAAAGGGCAGGUCAAUGACGUAGAGCAGCAAUUCAAGUACACGGAGCCUUCCCUUUGCCCGAAUCCAACAUGCGGCAAUCGCUCUGCGUGGCAGCUGCAAAUUGACAGUUCUAAAUUCACUGAUUGGCAAAAAGUCCGCAUCCAAGAAAAUCCCUCCGAGAUACCCACCGGAUCCAUGCCCCGCUCUCUUGAUGUCAUCUUGCGAUCUGAGCUUGUAGAGCGUGCAAAAGCCGGAGACAAAUGUGUUUUCACGGGCACAUUCAUUGUUGUCCCGGACGUCAGUCAAUUAGGUCUGCCGGGCGGGAAUAAAGCGCAGCUCCAAAGGGAAGCAAAUCGAAACAGCACUAAUUCGGCUACUGGAGGUGUUGGAGGAACCGGCGUUACGGGUUUGAAGAGCUUAGGUGUCAGAGAUUUGCAGUAUAAGACGGCAUUCUUGGCAUGCAUGGUGCACGAUGCUGAUGCACGAGGAGGUACCAAUGUGCGUGGAGAGGAAGACGCCGGGGAAGACAGUGGACAGGCAUUCGUCCAGACUCUUACGGAACCCGAAUUCGAUGAACUGAAGGCUAUGAUUGAGUCUGAUCACAUAUAUGCUCGUCUUGUGGAGAGUAUGGCGCCUACGGUUUAUGGGCAUGAAAUUGUGAAGAAGGGCCUUUUGCUGCAACUCAUGGGCGGAGUUCACAAGCAAACGGCUGAGGGGAUGCAUCUUCGUGGAGACAUUAACAUCUGCAUUGUCGGUGACCCUUCAACCUCAAAAUCGCAGUUCUUGAAGUACAUUUGUUCUUUCCUUCCCCGCGCAGUCUAUACGUCUGGCAAAGCUUCAUCAGCUGCCGGUCUAACCGCUGCGGUAGUGAAGGACGAAGAAACCGGCGACUUCACCAUUGAAGCCGGUGCCUUGAUGCUUGCUGACAAUGGCAUAUGUGCUAUCGACGAAUUCGACAAAAUGGAUAUCUCAGACCAAGUCGCCAUUCAUGAAGCCAUGGAACAGCAGACGAUAUCCAUCGCCAAGGCUGGUAUUCACGCCACCCUCAACGCGAGAACAUCCAUCCUCGCUGCUGCUAAUCCCAUUGGUGGGCGAUACGAUCGCAAAAAGACUCUGAGGACUAAUGUCGCCAUGAGCGCACCUAUCAUGAGUCGUUUCGAUCUCUUCUUUGUUGUUCUUGAUGAGUGCGACGAGAAAACGGAUCUGAACAUAGCGAAGCAUAUCGUAAACGUCCAUCGAUUCCAAGACGAGGCCAUCAAUCCCGAGUUUAGUACAGAGACAUUACAGAGGUACAUCCGGUAUGCGAGAACGUUUAAUCCCAAGUUGAGUCGAGAAGCUGCAGACGUGCUCGUUGAAAAGUACAGGAUACUGCGACAAGACGAUGCCUCGGGUGCAGGCCGAAAUUCAUACCGUAUUACUGUCCGGCAGCUAGAGAGCAUGAUUCGAUUAAGCGAAGCCAUUGCCCGGGCAAAUUGCACGAACGAGAUUACCCCCGCUUUCGUGCGAGAAGCUUACGGUCUUCUGCGGCAAUCAAUAAUUCACGUCGAACAAGAUGACAUUGAUUUCGAUGAGGAGGAGCUUGAGGGUGGACGUGGACAUGAAGCGCCUACCGGCCCCGCCCCACAAGCAUCGGAGGACGUCGAAAUGGCAGGUGUUGAAGAGAGCCAAACGCAGAUGGAUGAAAGCUCCGGCGUCCCUCACGGCGCCUCCUCUUCCAAGAACGCACCAGAAACACCGAAGACCUCAACGUCUCAAUUACCUCCAUCGGACGUCCCCCCUCCUCCAGCGGUACAACCCAAAAGGAAGAUAGUCAUCACACACGACAAGUAUAUGAUGCUUCAAGAACUAAUUAUUCUACAUCUCUCUGAGGUCGAACGGACAACCGGACAGGGUCUUGAUAAGGAUGAACUCAUAGACUGGUAUCUCGAGUUGAAAGUGGAUGGUGGGGAGGUACAAACUGAGGAUGAGCUAGAUUACGAGAAGGAACUUAUCACGAAGAUGCUGAAGAAGUUGACCAGGGACAGCUUCCUUAUAGAAAUGAGGGGCGAUGUUCAAGAUUCCCUACCUUCUAUGGACGGCGAAUCUCAGGAAUCUUCGGGUCCUGCAGAAGGGGAGAAUCUCAAGCUGUACUACAUGGUUCAUCCGUCUGUAGACAAGGAUUCAUCCUUGGCAUCCAUGCCUUAAUCUCAUGUUUUGUUGUACUAUUGCUUUGGUUUAUUGUUGUUGUAUACCGAUCUGUAUAUUGUUUGGCAUAUAUUAUCUAUUUGUUUCCUAAGAA